GUGGUCAGUCCAGAGCUGGACAGAAGCCCUAUUAUUAAAUUAAUAAUAAAAUAUGUGUUAACCGACUGUUUCUUAUGUCAUAACGGUUUCGGUAAACGGUAAAAACACAUUUCUGCCGGCAUGAAUCUCGGAGACGGCCUGCUGUUUGAACUUGAAAAUGGAAAACCCAAGUUGAUUUUACUCAGUCAUGGCGCUGAGAAGAAUCCAGCAAAGCUGUCUUUCAAACCCAGAGCGGCUAACAUCCUGAACUCCAGGCAGCCGUCCUGUGUUGAGGAGGCGCAGGGGGGGGAGCGUCCAGCCCGGCAGCAGCUGGGGAGGCGUAGAGAAACCAAGAGCAAAGCAGGAGGAGCAGCCGCCUCCUUCACCUCCAACACCACCACCGGAGGGAGGAGCUCCACACUUGCCUCAUCCAAGACACAUGAUUAUCUCAAAGGGGGCAACGUCAAGGUUGUUGCCAAAGUGAAGUCAGACAGACAUAAGCACAGCAUGACCGUUGGCUCCCUGAGAACCAAUGGGAAAACAGCUCAGCCUCAGAGCAGUGGAUCACAGGCCGAUGGGAAGGUGGGACUGAAGGACUCGCAGGCCGGUGGACACGCAGGACUGAAGGACAGUGUGGUGUGUCUGACCAGCGAGCAGCUGCAGCACAUCCUCCACAGCGUCCACACCUCCAACCAGAGCCAACACACACCAGAGGAUCCCAGGAGCCAGGACUCCAAAACUGGAUCCUUAAUAAAUGGAGGAGGAGGAAGUGGAGAGAUGAAGGAGGAAGACAGAGGAGGAGGAACAGAUAAUACUGCAACAUCUCAGGAUAAAGACAACAGGUUGUCUGGAUGUCCGUUUAGCUGGCUGGAGGAGCGACAGUCCCUCAGCAGAGCAACCAUCGAUGCCAAGAAGGCUCAGUGGAGGAGAGAACUAGAUGAGCAAGUGGCUCUAAAGCAGCAGCAGAGUUCAGCUCCUGGCAGACUUCAGGCAGAGGACGACACAGAGAGUGUGUAUUCAGUUCAGAGCUCCAUCAGCCACAGAGAUCAGCCUGCAGCCAUCAGAUCCAGCCUUAGACUCGGGGAGGUCACCCCGAUGGAGGAGGUGCUGUGUGCGGAGAGGAGGGAGGAGCAGAGGAGGCGCUGGUUGGAGGAGCUGGACCGACAGAGGGAGGAGACGAGUGAACGCAGGAGACGAGAGAAACUGCUGCAGAGCCAGACGGAGGAUCACGAGCUCUGGGCCGCACACUUUGAUUCUCUGCAGAGAAGACCUCCUGUGCAGACGGCUGCUCCUUCAGCUCCACCUGCAGCCCCGUCCCGUGUCUCUGAGCAGGGGGAGUGGGACCCCUCCUCCAGCCUGUCUCUGGUCUGGGAGGCUGCCAGCAGCUGUGGAGCGGAGAGUGUUGUAGGGGCCAGCAUAGAUACAACCAGCGGGUACCCGGGCAGAGCCAGCCAUCUGAGGACCAUGACCGCCCUGCUGGAUCCCACCCAGAUAGAAGAGAGAGAGAAGAGGAGGCUCAAAGAGCUGGAUCAGCAGCGAGCGAUUGAGGCCCAGGUGGAGGAGCGACGGCGGCAGAAGGAACAAGAGGAGGCGAGGAGAAGAGAGGAAGAGAAAGAGGACGAGAGGAGGGUGGCGCUAGAGAGGGAGAUGCUGGAGAGACAGUACGAGAUCGACACACAGAGGGAGAAGCAGAAGUCGACCAACCUGGCAGAGCAGCUAGAGAAAGGCAACGAUGACGACGACAAGAAGAGCCAGCAAGACAUGCAGGAGCCCAGCGCAGUAAAUAGGCAGAGCGAGUGUUUGGAGAGGGAAGAGGUCAGCAGUUCAGCCUCCCCAUACAGAGACACUGCUGUACAGACAGAAGCAGCUGCCAUAGUUCAGACUCCUGACGUCGCUGCACAGUACCAGCCCCCCCCCCCUCCUUCAUCUGUGGCUCCUCCAAACAGCAGGACUCGAGCAAUGACAACCGGCAAGGAGAACAUCUGUCUACCUGAGGGAGGAGGAGGAGGAGGAGGAGGAGGAGGAGGAGGAGGAGGAGGAGGAGGAGGAGGAGGAGGAGGAGGAGGAGGAGCAGCAGGAGGAGGAGGAGGAGACCCGUAUGAGGCGUUUGCCAGAACAGACAGAAGCAGGAGGGACAAGAGGAGGCCGGAGUGGAACACACAGAGGCCCAGCCGGCAGUUUGUCCCCGCCUCGGAGCGUUACCCAGCUGCUCUGCAGAGGAACAGGCAGGAGAGCCGGCAGAGGAGGCAGGCUGAGCUCCUCGCUCUGCAGGAGAGGACCUGCCUGUCCAGGGCCGACCCCCCUCCUCCUCCUCCUCAGCAGCGGGAGCUUUCUGUCCCCUCCAACCCCACACACACCAGAACCAGUCCCACCAGGAAGGUAGGGAACCCCCUGAUACUGUAAACCUUCACAGUGGAGAGUGUUUCCAGAGGACUCCGCAUCGCUGCAGCUGUCAGCCCUGAGAGGUGAGCAGCUCUGAGCAGAUGGGGCGCUCUCCCCCCCCUCCCCGCUGUCAGACUCAGAGUCCAGGGUCAGCCGGCGCCUCCUUCCUCCUCCUCUCCUCCUCCUCCUCCUCUGGAGUUCAUUCCUUACGUCCGCACUGAUGAAGUCUUCAACCUGGACCCACUAGAGCCUGCUGACACCCCCCCGCCUCAAACACACACAGAAGCUCCUCCGAUCUCAGCGUCUCCUCCCUCACAUCGACUCCUCCACCCUGAACUGCUGCGCAACACACACACACACCGACAGCAGGAGAUCCUCCGAGGCCUGGCCCAGCUACGGCAGGGUUUAUUACAGAAGCAGAGGGAGCUGGAGACUGAUCUGAAUCCUCUCCUGAAGCGCCAUGACAAAGAGCAGCUGCCACCCUCGUCAACGCACCGCAUGUGACCUUUCACCCCUGCUCCGUGUGUGUGUGUGUGUGUGUUCCUGAGUCAGGAUAAAGAAGAGACUCUACAGUGUUUGAACCGGUCGUCAUGGAGAACCUUUGACAGAAUCAGGAGCUCGUCCAUCACUUUGAAACUGGAUGUGCCACAAAGUGGAGUUUACUACACUAAAGUGCAUCAGAGUGAAUGUAAAAUGUAGUUUUUAAUGCACUUUCCAUGAAUGAGACUAACAAACAGGUGUGGAGCUCAACGUUUAUUAAAAAUCAUGAAAUCAUUUUUUUUUUGUUUCUUCGGCUUCUUGCUGGCAAGGAGCUUUGUUACCCUAUGCUUCUGUGUUUUGUGGGUUUAAAGGUCCCAUGUCAUGCUUCUCCGGUUAUUACCCGUCCCCUUGUGUGUUAUGAAGGUUUCUAUGCAUGUAAACGGUCUGCAGAGUCACAAACCCUC